CUUAUUCCCGGCAACGCGUGCAUCUCACGCGCACAGUACUGGCACCGGGAGCGCCCGAGAAGAUGAUAAGUUCAGAAGAGUGGCUGGGCAGGAAUAUAGAGAAAGCGAACGAGCGAGGAUCCGAGAGGAUGAUUUCGAGCCCAGCCUUAAUUACUCCACUGAAGAGUCGUCUACCGCUGGCGAGCAGCAGCAGGAGGGCCGUACCCUUCGCGGCGGCGGCGGCGGCGACGGUGGCGGCUUCUUCCAGCAACCACCCUCAUCGCAUUGACACUGAGCAGCUGAGGACUCAACUCGAUCAACUCCACGCCGAAGCCGAGAAAACCAGGUCCAAGGCAAAUAGUGCACGAUUGAGGCUUAUGCGUUUGACAGAGGCAGCUGAGAAUCUUCAAAAAAGGGCAGUUGCUGAUGUUUUUGUUGGCAAGGAAAGCGAGUCAAGGGAGCUACUUAUACAGAAGAAGAAGUUGAUGCAAGCCUUGGAGAAAUCAAAAAGCCGCAUCGAGGUGCUCGAUAAACUUUCAUCAAAGAUCAGUGAGGUGAUUUCAUUGAAGGAAACACAGCUAAUAGGACAUGUUGCCAUGGACUCUGGAGUUAGUGGAAAAGAUUCUUGUCAACAGGUUCGGUUCAUCUCCCCGAAGUAUGGUGAUGAUGAAGUUUCAGAUAAAACUAAUAGCAUUUGCACAGAUUUAACUAAAUCAGGUCAGAGUAAAGUGACCGUGACUCAGGACUGUGAAGCAAACCUCCCUGUGGAUUGUCAGCCCAAUUUUGAAGUGUCUACUGGCAUCGUCACUUCAAAUGACGAUAACAUUAUCAGCAGUUUAAAAGAUAUGUCCUCAUGUAAGGACUUUUUGGAACAUGUUGAUAGGCAACUUAGAGUAGUGGAAAUAGAUCUUGUGGAGUUCAUAAGGCUCCAAUCCUUGAAAACAGAGAAUAGACAGGAACAGUUGAAUGACAAGAUGCAGCAAAUAUCAGAACUUUUGACAGAGGUACUCAGCAUCAGAGGGAGGAUUGCAAGCAUUAUACAGUCUAAAACAAAUGCUAGCUAAGUUUCAAAUUUGGAAAAUGGAACAAACAGAACUUCACGGCUUGGGUGGUAAGAAGAAUAAAUGCAAGUUACAUGGACUAGAUGUUGGAGCAGAUGAUGCCCAAGAAGGAAUUGUGUCCAGGGGCGCUAGGGAAGGUUGUGUGCAGGGGUGCUAGAGAAGGAUCUCAAGGAGUAAACAAAGGCAGCGGUGAGGCAUUGCAUUCAGGAGAAAAUUUUCAAAAUGAUUUUCAAUGCCUUGACUGGAUGCCCUGAAGGAUUUUGGUUUUCGAUGGGGAGUAUUUUUUUUUUUUUUUUUUGCUGAUGCUUAUUGGCAAAUCCUGGUUUUGGUGUUCUCCUGAUGCCCUAGUUUUAUUUUGAGCCAAGCUAAUGGAGGCCAAGUUUUGAAGGUUUUUCAGAUGUUUAUAUAUGUAUGUUAAGACUAAGUGGUGGGGACAUGGCUGAGAGGUUCCUCCUUUUGUUUGGGUGUUACUAACUAAUCUUGGUUAUGCUUAUAAGCAACUCACUGUAGUGCCCAAGACUAUCAAGUGACAAUUCAUGAAAUUUUUAUGAUAUGUUUCUUUUGGCCUUUUUUUGGA